CACUACUUUACAUUUAAUAGCAUAUUUUUUUUUAUAAAAAAUGAAGUGGCUGUUUUAUGUGAUUGUUUUCAUUUACAUGUUCUACAGAGCAGUGUAUGGCCUUAAACAAUCAAAUAGUUUGUACGUCGAACCUGUAACCUAUGAAGAAGAUUUAAAGUAUUUGCCUGCUGGAACAAGGAAAACGAUUGCUUGUAAAGUGUUGAACAAAAAUCAAAAGGUAGAAUGGCUGAACCAUCAAGGAGAGGUGGUAAAGCACGAGAAUACGAAUCGUGUGUUCUCGCAAACGAAGUACCUAUUGAGUGCAGGACGAAGUGUCACCGAGCAAGUUUUGACGUUCACUCAUGCUGUAGUGAAUGAUAGUGGAGUCUACACAUGCCGCACAGACAGAACGUCACAGGAAGUGGAGUUGUGUGUUAUUGAUGCAUCAGAUUUCGUCGACACACCAAAGGAGGUGAUCGUUAGUCAAGGUCGUUCAUUCACGUUAUCAUGCGAAGCCAGGGGACAACCAGAGCCCAGAAUAAUUUGGUACAGAAAUGGUGAAGAUAUCAAAGAUGAUGGUGACGAAUCAUCUAAAUAUCGACUCAUGGUUAAGUACAACAGACAAGGUUUUGAAAGUCUACUCACCAUCACGUCCUUGGAAGCUAAUGAUCAUGGGAUUUACACUUGUACAGCAAUACAAGAGAAUUCUGAAUUGUCUGAUUGCAGUUUAAGUAAAUCGUGGAACAUCAGUUUAAUAGUGAAUCAUGCUCCAGUGUUCGUAGAUAGCGAUGAUAUUCAAUUGGUAUACGUUAAGGAUAAUCAGAGCGUGGAUUUGAUUUGUAGCGCCAGCGCUUAUCCAAGACCAACUUACCGAUGGUUUCAUUAUGAAGAUGAUCACACACUGUUCGAAUACCCACAGAAGCAAAUUAAUUUCUUAAAUGAUACCAACGAAGCAAAAUUGUCUAUUGUUGCGAAUAAAUUUAACUACGACAAAAAGUUUUUAUGUCGAGUGACAAAUGAACUUGGAGACAGUUUGAAAUCUUUCAUAAUAUUGCGAACACAAAGACCUGAUAGACCUAGUGAGGUGAAUCUUAUACAGUCAUCGGAUGCGGAAUUGGUAUUCAAUAUCACAUGGUUUGAUAUACACUUUCCUAUUGAUGGCAUUGAAGCACAAUACAUGGUAGUAAGCGGAAGGGGCUCAAGAAGGAAAUCUCCACGAGAAACUGAAUGGAAGAGAGGAGAACUAAGUGAGCUGGUUAGAUCAGGUGAUGAUGAAGAUUAUACAUAUUCCUUGAAGGAUUUAGAUGAAGAUACAGAGUACUGGAUACGAGUGAGAGCGAAGAAUGAAGUUGGCAAUUCGCCGUGGUCGAGUCCUAUCACGGCGUCUACAACCAUAACUGGGACAACAUUACUUAUAGUUACAAUGGAAGCAGUAACUGAAAAUGAGAAUGUAAUCGAUGAAGCAACAAAUGAUGAUGAUGAGGCAGAUGAUGAUGAUGAAGAAGACGAAAAACUUGUUGGAAAUUUUGAUGGUGUAUUCUAUGGUAUAUUUUUCGUUGGUGGCAUAUUCGUUUUGGGAUUCAUUUGUAUAUUUGCUAUGAAAAUGGUUUAAGAGUUCUAUUACAUAUACACAAUAAUUAUGAUAGGAAAGAAUUGUUAUAUUACAAUAUUUAUAUGGAUAUCCGUAUUGAUUUCAAUAUUUCAUCUAGUCUUGCAAUGAAU